UGCCGCUGGCGCCACAAUGCCUCACCCGCCGCUCUCCCUCGACCCCUAGGCGCCAGGAAAUUCUCUAGGGGGUUUCCCUCUCAGCCUCUCUCUGUCUCUGAGCUUCGGAUUGCAUCUCAUUUGCUGUUCCAGAAUAGAUUGCUCCGAAGAAUGUCGAGAAUCUGCGUCAAGAACCUGCCCAAACAUGCGACGGAGGAUCGGCUCAGGGAUUUCUUCUCCGAGAAGGGAGAAGUUACCGACGCGAAGAUCAUGCGGACUGCAGAUGGCAAGAGUCGGCAGUUCGGUUUCGUGGGGUUUCGGACGGAGAAAGAGGCGACCGAAGCCGUGAAGUAUUUCACUAAUGCGUUUAUGGACACUAGCAAGCUUGUAUGCGAGAUUGCUCGUAAAGUUGGGGACCCAGAUGCCCCUCGUCCGUGGAGUCGUCAUGCCCUUAAGAAAAAUGAGUUUGAAGUUAAUGACACUAGACAAGGUGAUGCAGCUGUGAAGGUUUUAAACGAUAAAGAAAAAGGCAAACAGAGUUCGAAGAGUUCAAAGGCAAAUAGCGAAUAUACUGAUCCUCAGCUUCAGGAGUUUCUCCAGAUUAUGCAACCACGCGCCAAAUCCAAGCUUUGGUCCAAUGACACAUUGUUGGCUGUUACUGCUAAUAGUACUUCACAAGUUAGUGGCAAAGGACAGUCUGGAAAACACAGCAAAGAUCAACUUGUUGAAAAGCAGAUGCCACAGAAGGCUUUCCAUUCUAAUGACAAAGUAUGCAAUGGUACUGACAGCAAGCCUGUCGAGACCCUUCAAAAGAAGAAGACAAAUGAUAUUGUUCAUGAUGAAGUUGUCUCUGACAUGGAUUACUUUAGAAGUAGAGUCAAGAAAAAUUGGUUGGAUUCUGAUACAGAUGAGGAAGCUUCCUUUAAUGGGCAAGCUGGUGAUGAAGCGAAGAGGGACAUAGGGGAUGACCUUGCAGUCCCAAUGUCACAGUUGCAGCAAGAAGUGGAUGGAGACUAUAAUUCAAAUGAUUUGGAGAGAGAGAAUAUUAGAGGCACUGAUCAGGAUCAGCCAUUUGAAUUAAAUCCACAGGAGAAAGGUGAGCCAUUUGACACAGGGCGCCUAUUUGUUCGCAACCUUCCUUACACAGCAAAUGAAGAUGACCUUCUGGAGCACUUUAGCCAGUUUGGGGAGAUCUCUCACGUGCACCUUGUGGUUGAUAAAGAGACAAAACACUCGAAAGGGUUUGGCUAUGUGCUCUACAAGCUGCCAGAAUCUGCAGUCAGGGCACUUGAGGAAUUAGAUAAUUCAAUUUUUCAAGGACGCUUGUUACAUGUCAUGCCAGCAAAACAACAGAAACAUCUUGAGAAGUUGGAGGCUGAUAAUGCUGUUGAGAAAAAUUCGCUGAAUUUUAAGCAGCAAAAGGAGGAAGAGAGGAAGGCAUCUGAAGCGAGUGGCAACACACGGUCAUGGAAUUCUUUGUUUAUGCGCCAGGAUACUGUUGUUGAAAACAUUGCACGGAAAUAUGGCAUUAGCAAAAGCGAAUUACUGAAUCCUGAAGCAGAUGAUCUUGCAGUUCGUAUUGCCUUGGGUGAAACACAUGUAAUUGCUGAAACAAAAAAGGCCUUAAUGAAUGCAGGAAUUAAUGUAGCUGCUCUAGAGGAUUUAGCUUCUGGAAGGACAGAGAACAUUAAAAGAAGUAACCAUGUGCUCCUUGUUAAGAACCUACCUUAUGGUUCUAUAGAAAGCGAGCUAGUGAAGAUGUUUGGAAAAUUUGGAAGUUUGGACAAAGUUAUUCUUCCUCCAACAAAAACAUUAGCCCUGGUGAAUUUUCUUGAAUCAGCUGAAGCUCGGGCUGCUUUCAAGGGCCUAGCAUAUAGGCGCUAUAGAGAUGCUCCAUUAUACUUGGAAUGGGCACCCGACAAUAUUUUAUGCUCAAACCAUGAAGCAGAUGCUGGGCAGGAUGACAAUGCAACUGGUGAAAAAGACAAAAGAUUGGUGCUAGAACAGAAUUUUAUAGAACUGGCGGAGGACAUUGAUCCCGAUAGGCUUGAGUCUCGUUCAGUAUUUGUGAAGAACCUCAAUUUUUCAACUGCCGAGGAAUCUCUUAGGAAGCACUUCUCUGACAACCUGAAGAGUGGUAAUAUCUUAAGUGCUAAGAUAAAGCGACACAUAAAAAAUGGAAAGAACCUCUCACGGGGAUUCGGUUUCUUGGAGUUUGACUCGUUGGAUACAGCAAAGACAGCAUGCACUGAUUUGCAGGGAACUAUUUUAGAAGGGCAUGCGUUAAAAUUGGAACUUUGUCAUGUCAAAAAAGGUCCAGGUGAUGGAACUUCAUCGUCAAAAUUAGACAAGGAGAAGAGCUCAACAAAAUUAAUUGUGAGAAAUAUUGCCUUUGAGGCAACAAAAAAGGAUUUGAAGCAAUUAUUUAGUCCAUUUGGACAGAUAAAACAUUUGCGAUUGCCAAAGAAGUUUGAUGGGAAACACAGAGGCUUUGCAUUUGUUGAGUACGUGACAAAACAGGAGGCUCAAUCUGCGUUUGAUGCACUCUCAAGCUCCCAUUUGUAUGGUCGUCAUCUGGUGUUAGAACGAGCAAAGGAAGGUGAGACUCUGGAAGAAUUGCGAGCUCGUACCGCUGCUCAGUUUGGUGAUGGUCAAGAUGGGGUUGAGAAGCCUUCCAAGAAGCGGAAACAUUUAUCUGUUGAUGAAGCUAAUGUCAAGUUCCAGAAAAUCUUAACUUGAAUCGGCUCUUCACCUGUUUAUUUUCUAAUGGUUUUAAAUCAAUUUUGUUUAUUAUUUA